CAUAUUUUGAUUUAGUAUAGAAUUCCUCACCAUUCCCUUUGACCCAGUCUCUUCUCUCAGCGAUUGCUUGCUUCUUCUUCUACUCCUCAUCCAACUUCCAGCUUUCCUUUUAAGAGAACUAUAAUUCUCUGCGACGAUUUGGAUUCUUCCAUGAAGUGAAAUGAAAGAGAGGACCAGAUGUUCAUCAUCUUGACUUAGGGAAGAUGAGCAGUGGAUUGCCAGCCUUAAGUUAUGGGAACAAAGCAUGGCACUUCUAGAUCGGCCAACGACUGCUGUAACGUAGCGCGUGGUCGUCGGAUCGAUGGACGGAUUUCACAAACAUUGCGGCAAGGAUCGCGUGAGGAACACGAUGAUGAAGCAGGAAGAGGUCUUCAGGUUCCAGGUACACGAGCUUCAUCGCCUGUACAGAGUACAGAGGACGCUGAUGGCUGAGCUUGAAAGAAGCAGCAAAAUGAAGCGCCAAUUCGACAGGAAUCCAAACGCGAGAGCAUCCGAUUCCGCCCUAAAUUUCACAGAGUGGAUCAGUUUAGCGAGCUCAGAAGCGUGUGACACGCCAUUGACAGAGCACACGCGCAGAGUCGUCGAUAUCAAGCGACCUGAUGACGAAGAAGCAUGGAGCGUUCAGGAUCGAAAUCUCUUGCUCGGGAAGAGCAAGGCCAAGUGCCCGCAGCCGCCGUGGCCGGAGGAAGAGAGUGACCUGCAACUGACAUUGAGCAUAGCAUGUGGAACAGACGAGAAGAGAUCGAAGAAUUUCUGAGGAUGCAUGCAUUCAUGCU